CACAGUUAUCUGAACUGACAACACACCACAAUGUUGAGGUGCUUCCUGCUUGCUGCAGUGCUGGCGCUGGCGCUUGCUCCGGCGCGGGGAAUCCCGUUCACGGACAAGGACCUGGCGUCGGAGGAGAGCCUGCGCGGUCUGUACGAGCGCUGGCGCAGACACUACAUGGUGGCGCGGCCAGGCCUGCAGGAGGACGACGACAAGGCCCGCCGGUUCAACGUGUUCAAGGAGAACGUGCGGUACAUCCACGAGGCGAACAAGAAGGACCGGCCGUUCAGGCUGGCCCUCAACAAGUUCGCCGACAUGACAACCGACGAGUUCCGGCGGACGUACGCUGGCUCCCGGGUGCGGCACCACCGUGCCCUCAGCGGAGGCCGUCGUGCCGAGGGGAGCUUCAUGUACGCAGAUGCCGGUAGCCUGCCGCCGGCAGUGGACUGGCGGCAGCGGGGCGCGGUCACCGGCAUCAAGGACCAGGGCCAAUGCGGGAGCUGCUGGGCAUUCUCGACGAUUGCGGCCGUGGAGGGCAUCAACAAGAUCAGGACAGGGAAACUGGUAUCGCUGUCGGAGCAGGAGCUCGUGGACUGCGACGACGGCGACAACCAAGGCUGCAACGGCGGGCUGAUGGACUAUGCGUUCCAGUACAUCAAGAGGAAUGGAGGGAUCACCACCGAGUCCAACUACCCUUAUCUUGCGGAGCAGAGGGGGUGUAACAGGGCAAAGGAACGCUCCCAUGACGUGACAAUAGAUGGCUAUGAGGAUGUCCCUGCUAACAAUGAAGAUGCUUUACAGAAAGCCGUUGCAAACCAGCCGGUGGCUGUUGCAAUCGACGCUAGCGGCCAAGAUUUCCAGUUCUAUUCAGAGGGUGUCUUCACUGGAAGUUGUGGCACGGACCUUGACCAUGGAGUUGCCGCUGUUGGGUAUGGUAUAACUCGAGAUGGCACUAAAUAUUGGAUAGUGAAGAACUCAUGGGGCGAGGACUGGGGUCAGAGGGGCUACAUCAGAAUGCAACGCGGUGUGUCAGACUCCCAAGGGCUGUGUGGCAUCGCAAUGGAGCCAUCUUACCCAACUAAGUCAGCACGACAUGCUACUAUCAUCGAAGAUCUCAAAGAUAAGCUCUAGAUGUAUGGCACGGGCAUGAUUCAAAGAGCAGCGUGUCAUAUGCAAUCUACGGAAUAUGCUACUCCAUGAUCCUGGACAGAAUAAAUAUAUAAAAUUACAGAAGUAAAGCAAGUUGCUCGCCAAAGAAAUUAUAUGGAGUUUUCGCAAACUUUGUGCUUCUAACAUACAAGAAACAUUUACAUUUUGAAGA